GCUCAACUUCUCGUUUGUAUGUCAUCAAGAAAUCGGCACCGUUUAUUCUGCUUAUAUGGAAUCAAAGGGUUGAGAAUGAGUUGAGCGUUCUUUUUGUUUAGGUCAUGUCGUCCAACCGACGAUUACGGGUGACUUAGUGGGUCCCUCUCACUUUUUACACACAAACACAACAACACACACCAUUCCUUCUUCAGCUCCCCCCUAUCUCUCUUAGUCUCUUAUUUGCUUUUGUUGUUCUCUCAGAACUCAACAGGCACAACAUAAACACACUCUCAAAAGCCAGUCACUUUCCUUUGUUUCUGUGUUUUUUUCUCAAUGGCGUCUUCACGUGAAGGACACUACAGAGGAGUUCGGAAGAGGCCGUGGGGAAGAUACGCCGCUGAGAUACGUGACCCGUGGAAGAAGACCAGGGUUUGGUUGGGUACAUUUGACACACCGGAGGAAGCUGCUCUCGCAUACGAUGGUGCUGCCAGGUCUCUCCGUGGAGCCAAAGCCAAGACCAACUUCCCCGCACCCGUCACUGGUGGUCUCCCACUCGAUCUCAACCUUCCAUCUGACAUUAAUAACAAUCAUCGUCACAAUCAUCAUCAUCGUCAUCGGUGGAUCACUGCUUCAACUCCAUACCAUCACAAUCAUCAUCAACAACGCUUCGCUUUUGGUGAGUUUUUACAAACUGGGGUACUUAAGGAAAUGAACUUUGAUGGACAGACAUCAGCCUCUGUUAAAAACGAAGCUGCCGUUUCUGGUGGCGCACCCCUGCCUGAAAAUGGCUCCACGGCGUCGUUCUUAGGGAUAGUGAGACGUGGGUUGCCUAUUGAUUUGAAUGAGCCUCCACCGUUGUGGCUUUGAGCUGUGUCACAGAUUGAGCUAUAGGCUUCCUGUUUAGGCAUUUUACGGCGUCGCUUUUUCACUUCACUUUAUAUCUCACUCUAUCCUUAUUAAUGACGGCUUCUACUACUGCUACUACUUCUAGCUGUCACCUCUUUUUUAUUUAUUAAAUUUUUUUCUGUUUUCCUUUUCAUUAUUAUUAGAGGAAUUAACAAGAAAAAGGGGAAAAAAAAAAAAGAUGAUCAGAAUUAGUAGGAAUCCGAGAACUCAUGUAUAUAUGCCUUUGUUUUCUGUUUCUAUGAAACACUUUCGUUUUUAAUAUCUAUUUUUCAUAAUUCUGGUUUUGCCGGUGAAAUGUGAUCGACCGGUGAUUAUAUCUUUUCUUGAUAUUUUUCCGACAGCUUUGAUUCCUUUGACCCUCUGUCCUGAUAUUU